GGGAGUUUCUCGUUCUGAGACCCGUGCGCUGUCCGCCCAUCGCCCCUUGGAUUCCGCAUCUGUUUCCCGCUGGCCCAGUCCCGUCCGUGCCCCUCCUCGGGACAAACCUGAGCGAGAACUCUCUCUCUCGCUCGCGCUCUCUCGCUCGCACCCUCGCUCUGCGUUCUGUCCGGGAGGAGUACGGAGAAGCCAAUAGGAUGCGGGGUCUCUAAUGGAUGCAAAUGAUCAUGAAAAGACAGUGCAAAAUAUGAAACAACUCAUUUGCAGGGAAGUAAAUCACCGAAAACUGUUUAUGAACUGGCAUCCUUUCUUCGAAAUGUAAAGCGAGGACCUCUUUAAGUGGCGCCCCCAACUACAGCCGCCGCCGCCGCCGCCGCCGCUUCAAAAUUCAAUAAAAUGAGCUCUUAUUUCGUCAACUCACUGUUCUCCAAAUACAAAACCGGGGAGUCCCUGCGCCCCAAUUAUUAUGACUGCGGCUUCGCCCAGGACCUGGGCGGCCGACCCACCGUGGUGUACGGUCCCAGCAGCGGCGGCAGCUUCCAGCACCCGUCGCAAAUCCAGGAGUUCUACCACGGGCCGUCGUCGCUGUCCACGGCUCCCUACCAGCAGAACCCGUGCGCCGUGGCGUGCCACGGGGACCCGGGCAACUUCUACGGCUACGACCCGCUGCAGCGGCAGAGCCUGUUCGGCGCGCAGGACCCAGACCUGGUGCAGUACGCCGACUGCAAGCUCGCCGCCGCCAGCGGCCUGGGCGAGGAGGCCGAGGGGUCCGAGCAGAGCCCGUCGCCCACCCAGCUCUUCCCCUGGAUGCGCCCGCAAGCAGCCGCCGGACGCAGGCGAGGCCGACAGACCUACAGCCGCUACCAGACCCUGGAGCUGGAGAAGGAGUUUCUAUUUAACCCCUAUCUGACUCGCAAGCGGCGGAUCGAGGUGUCGCAUGCGCUGGGACUGACAGAGAGACAGGUCAAAAUCUGGUUCCAGAACCGGAGGAUGAAAUGGAAAAAGGAGAACAACAAAGACAAGUUCCCCAGCAGCAAAUGCGAGCAGGAGGAGCUGGAGAAACAGAAGCUGGAGAGGGCCCCGGAGGCGGCGGAGGAGGGCGACGCGCAGAAGGGCGACAAGAAGUAGGCUCCCAGUGGGACUGCCAGGGCCGCGGCCGUCCUCCGUCCGCCCGCUCCCCGGCUGCGCCGCCGCCGCCCCCGCCCGAGCGAGCUCCGGUCCCGCGAGCGGGGCCCGGAGCCUGGCCUCCCACCGCAGCGUCCCCACCGCGCCAGUUCCCGCUAGUGGUAGUAUCUCGUAAUAGCUUCUGUGUGUGAGCUACCGUGGAUUUCCUUCCCUUCUCUCGGGGGUCGUGGGGAGAGACAAGGGUUGUAAGCAAGGACUCCCUCGCCCCGCGAGGGUGAGCGGCUGCGGCUUGGCUGAGCCCCCCCCCGCCCCCGCCCCCUGUAAAAAAGCCUCCUGUGCAAUGGUCUCUUUUCCUCUGAACGUGCUUCUUUGUAACGACCGAGGUACCGAUUUCUGCUAAGUUCUCCCAACAACAUGAAACUGCCUAUUCACGCCGUAAUUCUUUCUGUCUCCCUCCCUCUCUCUCUCUCUCUCUUUCUCUCUCUCCCCCUCCUCGUUUUCUCCUCCCUCCCUCCCCUCUCUCCCUGCUGCCCUGCCUAGCUCGCUGGCUUUCUCUCUUGCUUCUCUCUUUUCCUCCCGACCUUUUUGGUUUGACAAUUUUGUCUUAAGUGUUUCUCAAAAGAGGUUACUUUAGUUAGCAUGCGCGCUGUGGGCAAUUGUUAAAAGUGUUCUUAGGUUUACUGUGAAGAGAAUGUAUCCUGUAUCCGUGAAUUGCUUUAUUGGGGGGAGGGAGGGCUAAUUAUAUAUUUUGUUGUUCCUCUAUACUUUGUUCUGUUGUCUGCGCCUGAAAAGGGCGGAAGAGUUACAAUAAAGUUUACAAGCGAGAACCCGA